AUGGUUCUCUAUGCAGGAUUCAGAGGUCAAAGAGCUGCUACCCAACUUCCAGCCACGUUUACCACCACCACACCUCCGCGUUCCCUCCCAUACGAAUUCAUGACGAGAAUCUUCCCUGAUAAAGUCCCUGCUCAAACCUUUGAAUUCCCAGCACUCACCAUCUGCCCUGAAACUGCUGGCUCAAUUGUCAGUAUCACCACUUGCUACGUAGCCAAUGCGACAACUACCACCAAUUGUGAUUCUACUGGUAUCUACAUCAAAAACACUACCUUUGAUGGCGUCAAUCAAACCUGUAUCGCCAUCAAUGACAUUCCUGGAAUGAUCAUGUCCGCUAACACCGAGGCCGAUGUCCUCUUUAUUGCUGCACAUGUCUCCAAUGUAUCAGUUGGUGGUGCCAGUGGAGUCCUUGUGAAUGCUCAUGGUCAAGGAGAAAAUCGCAUGGAUUUUGACUCGUAUUUUGCGGCUUCAGCCUAUACACUGACCGAGGGGUCUCUCAGAAAGAUAUACCGUAUCGACUUGAAUGAUACCGUCACAGUCGACUAUGAGUCGAAGGCCACUCACCUCGACUUGAAUGUCAACACUGUCCUUGGAGGCUCUAACAUUAUGCCAUUCGAGAUGGAGUUCCGAUACCCACGUUUGGAAUACGUCUACGAGCGAACCUUCUUCCCCUUGGAUGCGAACAACUGGUUGGGUGAAGUUGGUGGUGUUGCUGCGUUGCUCUUGUUCCUUCACAGAGCUGUCAUGUCCAUUUUGGUCAUUGUUAUGUGCCGCACAGACCGUUACUCGUUCAGUAGAGUAGUUGGCAAGAAUGAGGAGGGAUUUGAACGUUUCUAA